GAGGCUUGUCUUGUUUUGAUUUUAAGAGACUCCAUAUUUGUGGCGGAUGGUUAACGUAGUCAUCGUGAAAUCGAGAUCCAUCGAGCCCAAAAGGAGUGUCUUAUAAGUCACUUUAUCGUGUACUGAGAAAGUGAAUACAUUCCUCAAUCCUAACAUCCACAUAAGUGGCUUAUUGUAUACCAUAUUUUUAUUAAAUUUGACUUUCUUCGAACCGUGCCCAUCAACAAAAGAUGGCUUGCGGUGCUACUCUGAAAAGGUCUCUAGAAUUCGAUCCGUUACAUAGCCCAGGUCAAACCACACCAAAACGAAGAAGAUGUAUGCCCAUGACCCUGUCUCCAUCAACUCCUCCGACUAAACAACACCAACUUCAACCUUCGCCUUUUGGAGAAGUUGGACCAAAACUAAGUUCAGAGCAAAUUGCCACAAAUUUAAGUCAUGAAAUAAAAAGAAUGCAGAGAAGGAAACAGUUGCAGUACCCAGGAUGCCCUAGCCCACCAAACAUGUCCCCUCCUCAUGAAUCUUCCUCCCAGUCGUCACUCUUGGACCUCCCAUCAGGAUCUUCAUCAUCUACCUCGCUGUUCAAUGCCCUUUCCCCCAACAAAAAAGACAUUCCCAUCUUCACUUUCCGGCAAGUUAGCAUGAUUUGUGAGCGCAUGCUAAAGGAUAGGGAGGACCAAGUACGACAGGAGUACAAUUCAGUACUCACAUGCAAACUAGCAGAACAAUAUGAAGCUUUCUUAAAGUUCAAUCAUGACCAGAUUCACAGAAGGUUUGGCGAUACACCAGUAAGCUAUGUUUCAUAAAAGAGAGGAUUGGAAUGUUCCCAAUAUGUGUUCUGAUUGACUAUAACACUGUGGAAUGGAAGAAUUAAAAUUUGAUUGAGUAUUUGGACAGUAAUCUUAAAGGUUCACAAACUCUCUGAAAAAUGCUUAAUGUGCUUUUUUCAAUUUUCAUCUAAUUUUGAGUCAACAGCAAAAGUACCUGUGUAAAAAGAAACUGAACUGACACUUUUGUGCUGUGUACAAGUGUACUUGUGAAGUUUGCAAGUGGUUAUUUUUAAUGCUUGAAAUGGAAUUUAAAAGGAAACUCUGGUGCCAAUCUUUAUAUCUGAACAAUAUAUGUGACUCCUCUGCAUUUAAUUUUGAAGUGAAGAUGUGGAACUCUAUUGUUGGCUCAACUAUUCAAGUUGCGUAUUAAUUCUUACGGAAUACAUGUCUAUUUUAUAUGUGAAAUAUAUUCCAAAACAUAUGUUAAUAUUUAUUUGCAUGAGACAAGUUAUGUACAAUGUAUCUAUAUCAAAACUGAAAAUUAUGAUUUGAUAAAAUAUAUUAAGCUAAGGCCAAAAUGUUUGUUUGUUUGGAAUUGCCCCACACUUCAUUGAAAUAAACCCCCCUCCCCCCCUUGACCCUCUUUAAAAAAAUAAUAGUGACCGAAAAUCAGAUUUUUUUUUAAUUCUUGGCCUAUUAUCACAUGCACUAUUGAAACAAUUAGCACUGGAUCUAAGUAAACACAGAGAUCUUGGGAUACACUUUUUACAUUGAAGUAAAUAAUUGAGAUUGUCACCAUUUUAAAAAAAAAAUUUAAUCUCCAUAUGGGUUCUGGGUCUGAAACUCCUAGGCAGCAAUUCCAAACAAACAUUUUUCUUAAGGAUGGCUGGAAUAUUCACCUCUCACCACCAUAUUUUGAAUUGGGGAGGGGGAAGGGUGUCAACAAACAAUGUCUUUUUUUACACAGAUGAAAAUUCAUUUCAAAAUGUACAUAUUAAAUGUGUAAUUCUAAAGAAUAUGGUACAUUGCUUGGUCUGGUGAUAUUAAAUUAUUAAUCAUAAAAAUACCUACUAGAUCAGCUGAAUCUUUUGGGGUAUUUUAUUUUGGAGUCCUAAGUUCUUGUUGCUUUUUUAAUUGCAUUCAUUUGGCUUCCUUCAGAGAAAGUGGUUAUCCUGGUUAGCAUGAUGUAUUGAUAUUUUAGUUUUGUGAGUUUUAACACAGGUAGUGUUUUAAGUUAUCUAAGUAGAUUAAUUUGUAAAUAAAAAACUGUUGUGAAAAAGCUGCUGUAAAUAAAAUUGUUGAAUAAAGUAAUAAUGAAUCAUA